UUACGUUAACGGGGUCUUGUUUGCAUGCGAGAUGAAAAGAUGGUCAUUAUUUGUUAUCUCCUCUUUGAUUGUUGUUGUCUUAUCCCAUCCUCAGUGUCUCGACUUUCUUCCCCCAUUUUCUCCUCAAAGUCCUUUGUCAUUUUGCUACCGUCAUUCAUCACUUGCAUGCUGCACUGCAAGUGAUGAUGCAGCACUGGAAUGGUACAUAGAAGAUACGUUAAGAGUGAAGAAUAUUACCAUUCUUAGAGACCAUCCUAUCGAGGCUUGUUAUGGCCAUCUGCGACAUCUUGUCUGCUCUCAAUGCUCUCCCUGGUCACAACAUCUUUAUGACCGUGGUGAUUUACACACAAUACGCAACGUCUCUCUUCUACAUCGGUUACCAGGAAUGUGUUCUUCAUAUUGUAAUAAAUUCUUCAAUUAUUGCUCUACUACAACUGAUUUCUUACUGCAACUGUUGGGUGAUGAUUUUCCUUCAAAUGUGAGUGACUACUGUGACAAUAUGCAGAGAUCAAAUGAUGCAUCCUAUUGCUAUCCAUUUGAAGAAGAUGCAGCCAAGUAUGAGAGACGCAAUCCGGAAACGAUAUUCCCGAUGACUGAUGUGUGUGUAUGCUUGAAGCCUAUUGUUAGUGAGUUGAGAAAUCCACUGGCUGCUGUGUCGCCCGCAGAUGGAACCAAAAGGCUUUUUAUAAUCGAACAGAUUGGUGUGAUUCGCAUUUUGCUGAAUAAGAGGCUGCUGGAUAAGCCAUUCCUUAAUAUUUCCUCCAGCGUAGUUGAUGUGUUGGUUCGAGGUGAUGAACGCGGAUUGUUAGGCAUCGUUUUUCAUCCAAAAUAUAAAACAAAUGGCCGUUUCUUUGUCUACUACAUGACGUGGAUUUAUAGAAUGAUAGAUGCUGUUCUUGUCAGUAGGGUUUCUGAGUUCCAGGUCUCAUCUGUUGAUCAGAACGUUGCAGACAAGAAUAGUGAGCGAAUUGUGAUGUCAAUUGAUCAACCAAGCUGGAAUCACAAUGGAGGACAACUGCUGUUUGGAGACGAUGGAUUUCUUUACAUUUUUUUAGGAGAUGGAGGAUCAGCUGGUGAUCCUCAUGGUGACAUAGGAAACGGACAAAACAGAAGCUCUCUGCUCGGUUCUGUGCUUCGUAUUGAUGUUGAUCACUACAACAGUUCACAUGCCUAUUCGGUGCCAAGCUGCAAUCCAUUCGUUGGUUUAAACAAUGUAAGAACGGAAAUAUUUAGUUAUGGACUGAGAAAUCCAUGGAGAUGCUCGUUUGAUCGAGGAGAUGCAAUAACAGGUUUGGGUCGUGGACAACUGUUUUGUGGUGAUGUUGGUCAAAAUCGGUUUGAAGAAGUUGACAUUAUAGAGAAAGGUGGAAACUACGGUUGGAGAGGAAAAGAAGGGAAUACUUGCUACAAAUGGUCACAAUGCUCUAAAAUUGACGAUGAGAAACUGCCUAUAUUUGCUUAUUCACACGAUAUUGGCAGCUCUGUUAUUGGAGGUUAUGUAUAUCGAGGCUGUUCGUUUCCAUUGUUGAGAGGAAAAUAUAUUUUUGGAGAUUAUUCCACAGGGAGAUUAUUCACAAUGAUGGAGACGGGCCCAAAUGGCAAAUGGAAGACAGACGAGUUGUGUAUUGCAGAUCAAACAGUUUGUCACGGUGGAUUAACAUCAAAAAUACCAAAAGCAAUACUUUCAUUUGGAGAAGACGAAGAUGGUGAGCUGUAUCUUCUCGCUGUGCCACGUGCACUUCCCAAGCAACCAGAUGGAACUGUCUACCAAAUUGUGGAUCCAUACGAGAGAGUGAGUCCUGAAUUGUGUAGCACUCGUCGCAGUCGUCCUGUGGGUGUUCAUCCGUUACCUGCUGCUGUAGAUGGAGAUUGUACGAUUGGGGACAUGAAUAUUGAAAUAAAGUACCCGGAUCCAACUUUUGUCACUCAUGAUUGAUUGCAGGAACAAAGAGAGGAAGAAUGCAACAGAUGCAAAAAACGACCAUUUGAAUAUUCAAUUUCUGACUACGAUUACUGUUUGAGAUUGCUCAUACUUUCUAUCAAUGAGCUACAAGACAAUUCACUGAUUUUCACAGCUCGAGUGAUCAACAGUUAUUAUGGCCUUCAAUUGCAAUAUCCUGCUAUCAUCUACUUGAUUCAAUCAGCGGGUAGUGUCAAGUGUGGAUGUCCUCACUUUAUUUUUGACCGUCAACACUUGGUGUUAGGCCAUCUACGUGGCGAUUCACAAUUUAUUAUUGAUACAAACACUCAUGUCAUUCUGUGGAACUCUGAAGGAUGGCAAUCAGCUAAAAACACAUGAGAGAUGGUUGGUUAAUUAAAUUGCCAGAUAGAGCAAACUAAUUUUUCUGGUAAACAUGAGAUUUAAAGUUCUCACUCGAGUGCAUGUAGAUAAGUGCAAUGUAGGUAGCUCUACUCAUGUAGUGAGACGUUGGAGAUACGAUAUGUACGUUUACAUGGAGCAAAUCACUUCCGGCUUUGCUGGAUUUCUAAUAUCUUUCUAAUUUUGUUGUUCACCAGCUUUAUCACUUUAGCUACAGCCUGAGGGGGCAAAGAGUGCGGUAUGGUGUGUGUGUGUGUGUGUGUGUGUGUGUGUGUGUGUGUGUGUGUGUGUGUGUGUGUGUGUGUGUGUGUGUGUGUGUGUGACUGUGUGUGUGUGUGUGUGUGUGUGUGUGUGUGACUGUGUGUGUGUGUGUGUGUGUGUGUGUGUGUGUGUGUGUGUGCGCGCGCGCGUGUGUUUGUGUUUCUCUGUUGGGAUGCAGGUUAUGCAAGGUGUUUCUCUGUGUGUCAUUCCAUGACAGGGACUGCUUCGCCAGAUUUCAUUCAUCGGAAUUUGACAAUUUGACAAUUUACUUUAUUCAAAUUGUACAGCAAAUUGUACUGUUGAUUAGAAGAUUGCAUGUGUCUUGAAAAUGAAAUUCUAAUUCUAAAAGUAAUUGGUUUUCUGCAAUUGUGAAUAGUUUCAAGCAUUAGAUGCACAGCUAUUGCUAAACCUGUAUGGGAAAGGUCAUUGUUCAUGACGUAGAAAGAGAAAAAGGUGACAACGUAGUGUAAUGAGAAACGGCUGUGAAAGUAUUAAUAUUACACCAGUAACG